CACGUAGGACUUAUUAUCCUCCUCCUUAUAUAGCUAUCUAGAAUGUUUUUAUUAUCCUCCAUAGUUGGGUCCCCGAAUAUUCACUGGAUUGAGCUUUGAAUUUGUGACUAGAAACUUUCUCCUUAUUAGGCCUGCACAGAAAUCAAGUAAGCAGAACAAAAAACGUGUUCUUGAGAUAGCUUUUGGAGUCAUUCAACAAGUCUGCAGUAUCCAGUUAGCAGUCCGACUAUUAUUCUAGUACUAACAUGUCCACUUAGCAACAGCUCACUAUUUAGAAGCUUUUUAUUAGCCCCCAUAGUUGGGUCUCCAGAUGUUCACUGGAUUGAGCUUUAUUGUUUUCACCCUGUGACUAGAAACUUUCUCCUUAUGAGGCCUGCACAGUAAUAUAACAUCAACUAGCGGUUUCCUUCUCUUCUUGGCAGAACCUGAGCACUGAUAAUGACUAAAACAUCAAAGAAAAAAUAUAAAAAGGCCUAUUACAAAGAAGUAUGCUUACCAAAUUCAAACAACCAUCCAGGAAUUGAAUGUGACAAAGAAAGAAAUGUUCAUCCAUUUGAAAAUAACAAAAACAUCGGUAGACAAAAAUGGAUAACGAGAAGAAAAGGCUGUCGGAAGAAUUCCCCAAACAAACUGUUUCCAUCUAUUGGUGUAACUAAAAUAAUUCUCACCCCCAAAGACGAUUCGAUAAUAAGAAGCAAUAAGCAUGAGAGUGUACAAUUUAUUAAUAAAAGUUACACCGUAACUCCUUCCAUAACCCAUCCUGCAACUCCUGAUCCCAAAGUGGAACUCGCUGUUCAAACAGAGCAGUUAGCAGGUACACAAGGUACUCAGAAAAUAGAUGCAGUCAACAAUAUGAAAUCAAUUGAACAAGUUGUGACUAAAUUAUCAAGCAAGUUGCAUCCUUCAAAAGAUGGUAAAGAAAAGGAUGAAAAAAUGCCAGAAAAAUUAACAUCACGAGCAUUAACGUGUUACAAUGUAUCAAACAUUUGCAGAACAGAAAAUAUUUCCUUACAGAAAAGUGUUGUGCCUAAAUUGAUACCGGUGAGACAAGGACUAAUCCCACUUGAUUUAUUCGCUCCCCAUGAUCCUUCAGAAUACUAUGAUCAAGACAUAGAACAUUUACAUCUCAAAGUUUACUCCGAUGUCUCAUUACCACUGACCCCUGGAAGUAGAAGUUCUGACAGCAUUUCGAGUACACUAUGUGAACACAGACGACGCAGGGAUUCAAAUGAAAUACCUCAUGAACUGUUCAGCAAUAUAAUGAAACAGUUUCCAGAUGACAGACAAAAGAUUGAAUUUUUCUACCCAGAGCCUAUUAAACUAUUAGAAUUUGAAACUAAUGUGAACAUUGACAUUUUUCGUGUGAAAGUAUUUGAGCAACAGCUAUUUAAAAUAAACAAAGAUGAAUUGCACAAAAAUCAAGUUCACCAUCAUUUAUGCGAGAAAGCAUUAAUGAUAGCGCCUUCUUCUACUGUAAAUAAAUUUUUACACAAUGCCUUUAUUGGAAAGAAAGAAGUAUUUUUUGUUACUGCACUAGACAGGCUGAGUAGGAAUCGCCGACCAGCUCUUUAUCACGCACCUUGGUUUGAUCGGGGCCUGAAGUCAUUAAACGCAGAGAUUGCUAUUAGAUUUCAAGAUUUUCUUGAAGAAAUGCAGACAGACAUUGAUGCCUUGUUCAAAAGAUCGACACAAAAGGUGUCUACAUAUGGUAGCAUUCAACAUGAAAGAACUGAAACUUAUUUUCCAUUCAAACCAUUAAAACAGGAUGGUGAUGGCAAAAAGUUUAAUCACGAAACCAUCGAACCGCUGCAUGAUGUUGAAGAAAAUGUAAUGUUUUAUCACCCAGUUUUCCUAUACAUUAGAGCAACUCUAUUUGAUGAAUUGCCUGUACUAUAUUUUGAUGUAGGCAUAUUUAGAACAAAAAGAUUUUAUACGAUAAAACAUAUAGGGAAGAAAAUGCUCAGUGAAAUAAGGCUGUUCAAUUAUUAUGACCUAGGAUCAUGGUAUCAACGUGUAAUAAGUUGGUUGAAAUCAGAUUCACAUAUACAUCCAAUACCAUAUGAAAAGUUGGGUGUUUUUUCGGAACUGCUAAAUCAAUUUAUAAAAGGCCAGAUCCUUGAGUAUGUGACAAAAAAUAUUAAAGACGCUGUUGAGAAGUUUAUUGAUCCUUGCAGAACACCUAUGAUUCACAUGUUUGCUUCAUAUAACAAUAGAAGAAUUGUUAUGACACCAUCAUUUAAAAAGUUAUAUAGGUACUAUGCUGCAUGCAUUAGGCAAUUUGCAAUGAUUGGCAAAGGAUUUAUUCAUCCUCAGUACUACUUAAUUGAAGGAACUGAGAAGAUAUCAAUGAGGAAUACAUUUUUAGACGCAACUAUCCGUAAUUAUCAGAAGCUUGUUGUAAAAAACAUGAGAAAUAUUAUUGAACCAACUCUUUCAUUUUAUAGGAAAUUAGCAAUGGCAAUUUCCGAUAUAACCCCGCAUCGAUUCUAUCGAGGGGUUUAUACAUUUGGUGAUAUGGAUUUAUUAUUUGAAAUGAUAUAUGAAAAUUUAGAGAAAAGAAAAAAAAUCAGGCACCUGAGUGACUUUGAAUAUAUUGGGAUCACAAGGGUCAAUCAAACAUAUUUGAAAGCAUCUUUGGAAGCAGUUAUAGCUACACAGUUACAUGAUAUCACUACAGAGUUAAUACUUAUGCACAUAGAAGAAAAUUUCAAGUUGCAAAAAAUGUUUAAUGAUAUCAAGGAAAGAUGUGUCAGAAUUCCCAAAACAACUGAAGAGCUCAUGGCAUUAGGAAAGUACAUGUGCUAUUGCAGGACAAUAUUGAUGGAGCGAUUGAGGCUUAAAUGCGUUUUGUCAAUGGUGAACGUUGCAAGGCUCAGCGAUUUAUUGAUUUUGACUCCAAACCAUAUAGAACUGAUCUCUAAAACUGUAACAAUCUACAAUACCAUGCCAAGACAUUUUAAAAAAUUCACACACCUGUUUGAAACAUCAAGAUUUGCUAUGGAAAGCCGCCUACAUCGAAUGACAGAGGAAUUGAACCAUGCGCUUGAACAGUAUGGAAGUGAAUAUCUGGAAGGGCUGAAUAACUUUGAUACACUUGAUAAAAUAUUUUAUUACUCUCAGUAUUUAACAAAAAAUGUCAGAUUGAUGGAAGCGUUUGAUGAAAGAGUUGCUUUUAUCAACAAGGAAGAGUCAUUAUUUCAAAUACCGCCUUCAACUUACCCUGAAUUGGAUGAGCUUAAAUCUAUUAUUUUUCCAUUUACAAGACUAGUAUUAAUGCUAAAUAAAUGGAUGAGAUACCGUAAAAAAUGGUUAAGAGGGCCGUUUGACAAAUUAGUACUUGAAGAAGUUGAAAAUACCAUUGAAGAGUUCUUAAAAACAAUCACACUGUUUCAUAAGCAGUACAAAUCUACAUGUAAGAUGCAAAUACUUGAUAAUUAUCCAAAACGAUUUAAAGGGCAAGUGGAUGAUCCUGAUUUUACUGUGUGGCCUAGCCCUCUAAAAUUGACAUAUUUGGGCUUAGAGUCGAUUAAGGAAAUGAAACACCAUCUUACUUUAAUCGGUAUUAUGUGCAAUCCUUGUCUCGGUGAGAUGCAUUGGCAAGAAAUGUCAAAUAUAACAGGAUUCGAUAUGAUGCCACAUGCAGGCACCUGUUUGCAAAAUUUCAUCGACUACAAUCUCGAAGGACAGCUAAAUUUAUUUGAAAUAAUCAGUGUUGGAGCUGUGAGAGAAGUAGCGUUAAGGGAAAAUUUUGAAAAAAUGAAAGCAGAAUGGGAGAAUAUGCGUUUUAACAUUUUGAAAUAUAAAAAUACCAAUAUUAAUAUAUUAGGCAGUGUUGAUGAGAUUCAAGCGUUACUCGACGACCACAUAAUAAGAACGCUUUCCAUGCGUGGAUCUGCAUUUGUAAGGCCUGUUGAAGCGGAUGUGCGAGCUUGGUAUGAACUUCUCAAAUUAGUCAAUUUGACAAUUGACCAAUGGAGUAAAGUACAAGUGCAAUGGCUUUAUUUACUUCCGAUAUUUUCUUCCAAAUAUAUUGUAGCACAAAUGCCAGAAGAAGGAUUACUAUUCCAUAAUAUUGAUCGAGCAUACAAUGCAGUAAUUAGAGAAGUAAAUAGUGAACCUCAUGUGUUGACAAUUGCUGGUACUGGAGAAUUAAAUCAAGUUUUUGAAACAUGUUUAGACAAACUGGAAACUAUAAAUGCUGGUGUUAUAAAGUAUUUAGAACUGAAAAGAAUUUUCUUCCCCAGGUUUUUCUUUUUAUCAAAUGAUGAAAUGCUUGAAAUCUUGUCAGAAACUAGUAACCCGACUAGGGUUCAACCCCACUUACGGAAAUGUUUCGAAGGCAUACAUUCUCUAUCAUUUAAUGCGGAACUUUUUAUUUUAUCAAUGUUCAGCCAGCAAAAAGAGGAAGUGGCGUUAGUUACACCCAUUUCUACUGUAGCGGCGAAAGGAAGUGUGGAAUUAUGGCUUGUCCAGUUGGAACAAGAAAUGGUGGCGUCAGUGCGAGCACACAUAUGCCAAAGUUAUGCAGAUUACAGUAUUGUAAAGCGAAAUAGUUGGAUUCAAAGAUGGCCUGGUCAAGUUGUUCUAUGCGUAUCACAGAUAUAUUGGACAAGCGAAUGCCACGCCUGCCUGCUUAGAUGUCGACCUAAAAUUAUGAAACGAUAUCACAACUACUUGCAACAACAAUUAAAUAGAACUAUUAAAUUAGUUCGUGGACAUCUUAGUGGUCGGAACAGAAUAACUAUGUGUUCGUUAGUAGUUAUUGAUGUGCACGCUAAAGAUGUUGUAUGGGAUCUCGUUGAAAAAAAUGUUAAAGGAAUAAUGGAUUUCCUAUGGCUUGCACAAUUAAGGUAUUACUGGUUAAAGGGUGUUGUUGUACAGUUGACAAAUGCUAGUGUCAAAUAUGCCUACGAGUACCUUGGUAAUACAGAAAGACUGGUUAUAACACCUCUAACUGACAGAUGUUACCGUACCCUGGUAGGAGCAUACAAUUUAAAUUUGAACGGUGCUCCAGAAGGACCUGCUGGUGCUGGAAAAACAGAAACUACAAAAGAUUUGGCUAAAGCAGUUGCAGUUCAAUGCGUCGUAUUCAACUGCUCCGAUGGUCUUGAUUAUAUCGCAAUGGGAAAGUUUUUCAAAGGACUGGCAUCUUCAGGGGCUUGGGCUUGUUUUGAUGAGUUCAACCGUAUUGAUAUUGAAGUUUUAUCUGUCAUAGCACAACAGAUUUUAUGCAUUAUGCAAGCGAUCAGGAAUAAACUUGAAGUAUUUAAAUUUGAAGGAACAACUUUAAAACUGAAUCAGAAUUGUUAUAUAUGUAUCACAAUGAAUCCAGGUUAUGCUGGAAGGUCAGAACUUCCAGAUAAUUUGAAGGUCUUAUUUAGGCCUGUAGCUAUGAUGGUUCCGGAUUACUCAUUAAUUGGAGAAAUAUCACUGUACUCUUUUGGUUUUAUGCAUGCACGAGAAUUAUCCGGUAAAAUUGUAACUACGUAUAAGCUGUGCUCAGAACAGCUUUCUUCUCAAAGCCAUUAUGAUUAUGGUAUGAGAGCUGUUAAAACAGUCUUAUCUGCAGCAGGUAGAUUGAAGUUAAAAUUCCCAGAUGAAAAUGAACAUCUAUUAAUAUUAAGGUCUAUAAUUGAUGUCAAUUUACCGAAAUUCUUAAAUUGUGAUGUACCUUUAUUUAACGGAAUCAUAUCAGAUUUAUUCCCAGGACUUAAAUUGCCUGAUCCCAACUACAGAGAAUUUUACGCUUGUAUUGAAAAGUCAUGCAUGAAAGAAAAUUUACAACCACACCCAAUAUUUAUAAAAAAAGUGACACAAUCCUAUGAGAUGAUGCUUGUUCGUCAUGGAUUUAUGCUUGUUGGGGAUCCGUUCAGCGGAAAAACGAAAUCUCUUAAGAUUUUAGCUAUGGCCUUAGCUAGAAUGGGACAAAGGCUUCCGAUCAGGUAUAUAACUUUAAAUCCAAAAGCCGUCACCAUUGGCCAGUUGUAUGGUUCUUUUGAUUCAAUUUCUUAUGAAUGGUCUGAUGGCGUAAUUGCGACUGCAUUUAGAGUGUAUGCCACAGAUCCUCGGCCUUACAGAAAAUGGAUAGUGUUUGAUGGACCAGUUGAUGCUGUUUGGAUUGAGAACAUGAACACUGUGUUGGAUGAUAAUAAAAAGUUGUGCCUAAAUUCGGGCGAAGUCAUACAAAUGACACCCGUGAUGUCCAUGAUUUUUGAAGUGAUGGAUUUGACACAGGCUUCACCCGCUACAGUAUCUCGGUGUGGGAUGAUAUACUUUGAACCCAAAUCCAUGGGGUGGAAGCCUUUAGCGAAAUCUUGGAGUGAUGCACUUGAUGAUCAAUGGACCAAAGACAAACCAGAAAGGUUUAUGGAGAUCUUUGAUUGGGUGAUUAACCCAUCAUUGAAAUAUAUUAGGAAACUUAAACGAGUUAUUGAUGGAGGAAUUAUAAACCAAGUCUGGAGUUGCUUGAAAGUGAUACAUAUGCAUUUAAUAGAUGCACAACAAGCAGCGGGUGAUUUAUCCAAAACGUUCAUCUCUUGCCUGCAAGCAGCAUGCAUCCUUGGAUUAAUAUGGGGCUUGGGAGGGUCACUCGACCAGAAAUCUAUGGAACUUUAUGAUUUAUUUGUCAAAGAUAUGUGGGGAGGGAAAAAUGAACAAAAUCUAAUGCCAAGUAAUCUCGAUCCAUUGGAAAUUGAUAUACCUACCGAGGGGUUGCUCAUUGAUUACUAUUAUAAUUUCAAAGGAAAAGGAGGUUGGAAAUAUUAUCCCGAGAAUCUUAAAGCUAUUAAAUUAGAUGACAAGAGUAAUUUACAAACGAUGUUAGUGCCGACAAUAGAAUCCAUGAGGUAUAUGAGCUUAUUAGAACUUCACUGUAGGCACCAUGCACCUUUUCUAGUUACUGGCGCCACGGGUACUGGAAAAUCAUUUGUUCUUCAACAUUUGUUGAUGACCAGGCUCCCGUUAGCGGAAUACACCCCGUCUUUUAUAACAUUCACAACUUCUACAACUGCUAAUAUGACCCAGAUUUUAGUUCUAAGUGAACUAGUAAAGAAAAGGCGAGGUGUCUAUGGAGCUGUUCCAGGCAAAACGGCCGUUUUGUUUAUUGACGAUAUCGGCAUGCCAGCUCGAGAAAAAUACGGUGCUCAGCCUCCGAUAGAAUUGUUGCGGCAGUACUUUGAUCACGGAUACUGGUUUGAUUUGAAGAGUACCUACAAAUUGGUUAUACAGAAUCUUUUCAUUGUUGCUGCAAUGGGUUUACCUGGUGGAGGAAGACAGAAUGUUUACAAAAGAUUUCUUCGUCAUUUUUCAUUGUAUUCAAUAAAUGAAUUUACUGAUGAAAGUUUAGCAAGGAUAUUUCAAACAAUCUUAACAAUUGGAUUGCGGCGAAAUGGUUUCCCUACAGAUAUAAUGUUAAUUUCUCAACAAAUUGUUGCUUCCACACUUCUAUUGUACAAGGAGUCGUGUAUACAUUUGUUACCAACACCAGCCAAAUCUCAUUACGUUUUUAACCUUAGAGAUUUCAGUAGGGUUAUUAAUGGACACUUGUUAUUAAGAAAAGAAUCCGUAGAUAGCAAAAAAGUUUUUGUAAGACUAUGGGCACAUGAAGUCUUACGAGUGUUCUAUGACAGAUUAAUCGACAGAUCGGAUCGUAUUUGGUUUAUUGAAUGUAUCAAGAGGCGAAUUGAACACGAAUUUAGGGAGAAAAUGUCCAUGAUGCUCGAUGGUUUAAACGAGGACCCACAUGACAAAUCGGUAACGGAGGAAACCCUCAGAAACCUGAUGUUCACAGUAGUGUUGGAUAAAGAUUCAGACGAUGAGAAAAGAUAUGAAGAAAUUCCAAGCCUUGAUGCAUUUUUCACAGCAUGCUCAAACGCCCUUAUUAAUUAUAACGAAACAACAAGAAAACCUAUGGAGAUUGUUUUGUUCAGAUAUGCUUUGGAACAUCUAUCUAGAAUUUGUAGAAUUUUAACUUUGUCUGGAGGCUGUGCAUUGCUUGUUGGCGUCGGCGGCUCAGGAAGGCAAUCUUUGGUUAAAUUGGCCGCUUACAUUUGUGAACAAAAUCUCUUUCAACCUGAGAUUUCUAACGCUUAUGGGCUGACUGAAUGGAGAGAUGACAUAAAAAGAAUAUUGAAAGAUGCUGGAGGGAAAGGAAAAUCGGUUGUAUUCUUGCUAGGAGAAGGGCAAAUUAAAUUUGAAUAUUUCCUGCAAGAUGUGGACGCACUACUGAACUCCGGAGAGGUUCCGAAUCUAUUUGCAGUCGAUGAAAAACAAGAAAUUUUAGAUAUGACCCGACUGGCAGCACAAGGAGGAAAUAGAAACAUGGACAUUAAUCCUUUGGCUGUUUUUCACUUUUUCACAAAUCGCUGUAAACAGAAUAUGCAUAUAAUGCUUUGCUGUAGCCCGAUAGGUUCUACGUUUAGAACACGAUUAAGACUUUACCCAUCAUUGGUGAAUUGUUGCACUAUCGACUGGUAUGAGUUGCCUUGGGAAGUGAAUUUCAACGGCAGGAAAUUAACUCUAAUGGGAUGGCCAGAAGAUGCAUUGGAAAAGGUCGCCAAACAAUUUCUAGCAAAUUGCACUUUUGAUGAAGCAGUGAAAGAUGCUGCAGUUCAAGUUUGCAAAUAUUUCCAUAUAUCAUCGAGAGUAUUAGCUGAAAAGUUUUUCACAGCAUUAGGGAAGACAGUAUAUAUUACUUCAACAUCCUACCUAGAUUUAAUUAAAGCAUACACCAAACUCGUUACGAAAAAACAAGAUGAAUUAAGAGAAGCGAAAAUGAGAUAUUUGGGUGGACUGGAAAAACUGGAAUUUGCUGCUGAGCAGGUCACUGUUAUGCAACAUGAUUUAGAACUGCUUCAGCCGCAGCUAAAAGAAUCAGUGGACGAAACUCAAGAAAUGCUCAACGGAGUUGAAAAAGAAAGGCAUAUUGUAGAUGCAGCAUCCGCUCAAGUUAGGGAAGACGAAAAAGCAGCCAAUGAACAAGCUGACGCUGCAGUCACUUUAAAAAUUGAAUGCGAAAAUGACCUUGCCUUGGCCAUCCCUAUUCUCGAAGAUGCGACUGCCGCUCUAAAUACCCUAAAGCCAGCUGAUAUUACACUAGUUAAAUCUAUGAAAAAUCCUCCAGAUACAGUAAAACUGGUUAUGGCAGCUGUAUGUGUAAUGAAAGACAUCAAACCACGCAGAAUACCAGACCCAAAGAAUCCAGGAAGGAAGGUGUUUGAUUAUUGGGGUCCGAGCAAAAGGAUUCUAGGCGAUAUGGGAUUUCUUCAGUCACUGAAAGAUUAUGACAAGGAUGACAUACCGCCUCAUAUCAUUCAAGUAAUUCGCAAAAGGUUCGUCGAACAUCCAGAUUUUCGACCGAAUGUUGUUGCUAAAGCUUCAAGCGCUGCGGAAGGACUUUGCAAAUGGGUACUGGCAAUGGAAAAAUAUGAUGUUGUUGUUAAGAUGGUUGCUCCAAAGAAAAAGAAAUUGGCCCAGGCUGAAAGGGAUUUUGCAAAAACCAAAAAGCUUCUUGAUUCUAAAAGAAACGAGUUGAAUGAAUUGGAGAAUCGAUUGGCAGACCUUAAUCAUAAACUUGAAACUGCUCUAGCUGAGAAAACAAGGCUUCAAAAUGAAGUACUGCUAUGUUCCAACAAGUUAAAGAAAGCAAAGAAAAUUAUUGGUAACCUCGGUGGAGAGAAAGUAAGAUGGCUUGAGGAAGCAGAAAAUCUACAAGGGUUACAUGAUCGGCUACCCGGUGAUGUUUUGUUGUCUUGUGGAGUGAUAGCAUAUUUGGCACCAUUUACCAAAUCUUUCAGAAAUAGCCAAAUUGAAGAUUGGAAAAAUGUUUGCAUCGAAUCUCUUAUUCCAACGUCGAAGGAUUAUUCUUUGGUGAAGAACUUGGGCUCUGAUGUUAGAAUUCAUUCCUGGAUAAUGAAUAGACUCCCUGCAGACUCUUUUUCCAUAGACAAUGCCAUAAUUAUGAACGCAUCUUCAAAGUGGCCGCUUUUUAUUGAUCCACAGGGACAAGCAAAUAGAUGGGUGAAAUCAAUGGAAAAAGAUCAUGAACUGGAAAUAAUUAAAUUGUCAGAUCCAAACUAUAUGCGCACUGUUGAAACUUGUAUAGAGUAUGGAAAACCGCUCUUGCUGGAAAAUGUACUCGAAGACAUGGACGCUCCUUUAGACCCUGUACUAUUGAAAAGUACAUAUGUACAAGGGAAUGAAGUGUUCAUACUUCUUGGAGAAAAGUUAAUUGAGUACCAAUCAAAUUUCAAAAUGUACAUAACAACAAAAUUAAGGAAUCCACAUUAUCUUCCUGAAAUAUUCAAUAAAGUUACAUUGAUUAACUUUUCAUUGACAUUUGAAGGGCUGUCUGAUCAACUGUUGGGGAUUGUAGUUGCCAAAGAAAGGCCCGAUUUGCAAGAGAAAAGAGAACAAUUAAUUGUGCAAGGCGCAGCCAACCGGCAAGCUCUUCAAGAAACUGAAGAUGACAUUUUAAAAGUGUUAUCAUCAGUCCAGGGAAAUAUUCUUGAAGAUGAGGAAGCUGUUGACACCCUUGACAAGGCAAAAGCAUUAGCAGUUGAUUUAACAAAUAAACAAUUAGCUGCCAGAGAGACAGAAAUAAUAAUCGAAGAGUUUCGUUUACAAUACAAGCCAAUAGCCGAUUACAGCGCUAACUUGUACUACACAAUAACUGAACUGCCAAAUGUCGAUCCAAUGUAUCAGUACUCAUUAAGCUGGUUCAUAAAUAUAUAUACUGUAUCAAUUGAAUUUUCAGGAAAGUCAAAAAUGAUGGACUUUAGGCUCAGAUACCUGAAAGAAGGAUUUUUACGUGCAUUGUAUGCAAGUGUAUGUCGAUCACUGUUCGACAAAGAUAAACCACUGUACUCUUUCUUAGUAUGCACAGCAAUUAUGCUUUUCUAUAAAGAAAUUUCCAAAAAAGAACUUGACUUUUUUCUCACUGGUGGGCUUGCUUUAGAAAAUAAACUCCCUAAUACUGAAAGCUCCUGGUUGGACACUAAAUCAUGGGACGAACUCUGUAGAUUAAAAGAUUUGCCUGGAUUUGAAGACAUUCUGAACCAUUUCUCGUCAUUUGCAGUAGAAUGGCAAAAAUUUUAUGAACUCCCUGAGCCUGGAUUUGAUGAUUUGCCGCUCGGAUACAGGAGCAGUUUAAAUAACAAUUUCAAAAAACUAUUAGUGUUCAGAGUUUUCCGUCCUGACAGAAUUUUUGCUCUCAUAUAUGAAUUUGUAAAAAAAAGAAUCGGACCAAGGUACAUGCAGCCACCCCCAUUUGAUCUUGGCAGAUCUUUCAGGGACUCUUUGUUCAAUACACCACUUAUUUUCAUUUUAUCAUCCGGUGUUGAUCCGAUGCAAGCGCUUAUGGCUUUUGCGCAUAAAAUGGACUUCACGAAUAAGUUCAAGUCAAUGUCUCUUGGACAAGGGCAGGGACCUAAAGCCGAAGAGCUAAUAAAAAGUGCUCAGCUUGAAGGACAUUGGAUCUGCUUACAAAACUGUCACCUUUGUCUCUCUUGGCUGCCGACUUUGGAAAAAAUCUGCGAAGAUUUUCACCCUACCAACUGUAAUCCGAAUUUCCGACUUUGGCUUACCAGCUACCCAACGUCAAAGUUUCCUGAAUCAAUUUUGCAAAACGGCGUUAAAAUAACCAAUGAGGCGCCGACUGGGCUUCAACAAAAUUUAGAAAGGCUAUACAACUCUGAGCCUGUAUGCCAGCCGAAGUUUUAUGAAUCAUGCCGAGGGAAAGAUCUGAUUUUUGCUAGAAUGCUCUUUGGACUGAGCUUCUUUCAUGCGGUUAUAUUAGAGAGGAAAAAAUUCGGAUCUAUCGGAUGGAACACGCCAUAUGGAUUUAAUGAAUCUGAUUAUCUAAUAUCAAUCGAACAACUAAAGAUGUAUUUGAAAGAAUUCGCUGAGAUCCCAUACGAUGCAAUUUUAUACUUAGCUGGUGAGUGUAAUUAUGGAGGAAGGGUAACGGACAACUGGGAUAGAAGAACGUUAAGCACUUUGUUAAGUAAAUUCAUCAACAGUGACCUUAUUUUCUCCCCUAAUUAUAAUUUGGCCCCACCGGACGAAAGAUAUGCCAUACCACUUAAAUACGGAUACACGGAUUUUCUAAGAUUCAUUAAGAAUAUACCACCCAUACAAUCGCCAGAAAUUUAUGGUCUACAUGCUAAUGCAGGAAUAAAACGAAGUUUAAAUGAAUUUAAACAACUCACAGAUUCCAUGUCUUUUAUUUCUGGAAGGAGUGCAAAAAAUAGUAAAGGAGAAGCACAGUUGGUUGGCAUUAUUGUAGACGAUAUUUUAGAGAAGCUUCCUGGCUACUUUGAUGUUGCUGCAGCUGAGAAAAAUUACCCUGUGGAUUACAAAGAAUCAAUGAAUACAGUACUUGUUCAAGAAAUGAAAAGAUUCAACAUCUUAACAGAAGUGAUAAAAACAUCACUGCAGCAAUUGAAACUGGGUAUUCAAGGAAGAAUAGUCAUGACACCCGAACUAGAAGCCAUAUCGAAUGCCUUGUUGAAAUCUAAAGUACCAGGGAGUUGGAGCCAAUAUUCUUAUCCGAGCUUAAGACCGUUGGGCCCUUACAUUCAAGAUUUAUUAGAAAGACUUGCCUUCAUAAACAAAUGGUUUCUUAAUGGAAAACCCACAGAAUAUUGGAUAUCUGGACUUUUUUUCACUCAAGGUUUUUUGACUGGGGCGAUGCAAAAUUAUGCUAGAAAAUCUAAAAUUUCAAUCGAUGAACUUGUUUUCGAUUUUCAUAUCGGAGGAGAAAAGAAAGUUAUUGACUGUGGCAUUUUAGUUUAUGGACUCUUUAUAGACGGGGCACGCUGGGAUAAAAAAAGAAACUUUCUGGUAGAGCAGCUUCCUAAAGUACUGUUUGAUAGUCUACCUCUAAUGUGGAUCAAACCUUGUCACAAAUCCAAGUUGGUAGUUGGAGGAAGAUAUUUGUGCCCUUUGUACAAAACUUCUGAAAGAAGAGGUGAACUAUCAACGACUGGACAUUCGACUAACUACGUCUUACCAAUAUUGCUUGACACCAACCCUAAUGAUACAACAGACCAUUGGAUUCUUAGAGGGGCAGCUUUACUUUGCCAAUUAGAUAGCUAAAUCUUUUUUCAUAUUGAAUGUUUAAACAAAUGUAACGUGAUAUAAUGUCAAUUAGAAACUAAUAAAAAUGUUUAAAAAAUCAAA